AUGAAUGUGGCCAUAUAUACGACCCCCGCGGACGCCCUCUGCCCUCACACCUCCAUCCGUCCCAUUCCAAGCCUGGGCUUUUUUCGUUCAUCGAUCUCCUCGUUUCUGCGUUUUCCCGCGAACAUCAUGAAGCUUUCAGCAUUCUUAAUGUACUACCUAGUGAACCAACCUGCCAUUCAGAACUUCACAUGGAUUCCCAACGAGACCCCAGCUUCAUCUUUUCAGUUUCCCCUCAUCACCGACGCCUGUUACUUAUUUAUCAUCUUCCUCCUCACUCGUGUCUUUCGCCUCAGGCUUCCUCCGCCCAUCCUCAAACCCAUCACCGCCGUCUAUAACACUGUCAUUCUCCUGCUCUCCUUCAUCAUGGCCCUCGGUUGCACCUUGUCCACCGUGUCCAAUGCACCUGACCUCCACUGGAUCAUCUGCUUCCCGCCCGACACCCCACCCUCCGGCCCCGUAUUCUUCUGGGCCUACGUCUUCUACCUCUCCAAGAUCCUAGAAUUCCUCGACACUCUGCUGAUCCUCUUGUCAGACUCCACCCAACGCCUCACCCUUCUCCACGUGUCCCACCACGCCGUCGUGGUCGACAUGUGCUACGUUUGGCUCUGGACGUCUCAGUCGCUGUUCCCGGUGGUGCUCGUGACCAACGCCUCCGUGCACGUGCUGAUGUACGCCUACUACUUAUUGUGCGUACUCGGGGUCCGUCCCAAAUGGAAGAGGUUGGUGACGGAGUGCCAGAUCGCUCAGUUCCGAGCCAGCUUCGGCGCUUUGGCCCUCAUGCUGGGGUGCCACUUUUUCGGGCCUGGUUGCUCCGGAGUCUGGGGUUGGAUCCUCAACGUCUUCUUCUAUGCUUGGCUUCUGUUCCACUUUCUGAACUUCCGUGAGCAGGCGUACAAGUCGAAGUCCGAGUAG